UGCUUACCAUAUUUGAACGCUACACGUUUUCACUAUCAGCUUUCCUUCUCCGCCAUCACUACGAAGCUUCCAAGUCAAUCACCAAGUCCUCCUUCUUGACUUUCUCUCUCCUCUCCUCUUUUGACCUUUCUCCAAAAACAUAUUAUAAGAAAAUAAUUAAAUUUUGGACUUUUCCUCUCUCUCUCUCUACCUUCUUCCGUCGUCCACCAAACCGUGUGGUUGAAUCACUCAUUCUCCCGCUUCCGCAGCAGCAGCGGAGACAACGGCGGCGGCGGCGGAGGAGUCCAGAUGACGCAUCCGGCGGGAGUUAACCUCGACAAGUUCUUCGAAGACGUCGAAUCCGUCAAAGAAGAGCUGAAGGAGCUAGAUCGGCUCAACGACACGCUCCGAUCCUCUCACGAGCACAGCAAGACGCUUCACAAUGCCGAAGCCGUCAAGGAUCUCCGUUCCAAGAUGGACGCUGACGUCGGAGUGGCUCUGAAGAAAGCGAAGAUGAUCAAGGUGAAACUCGAGGCGCUCGAUCGCUCCAACGCCGCUAAUCGGAGCCUUCCCGGAUGUGGACCUGGAUCCUCGUCGGAUCGUACACGGACGUCUGUUCUCAAUGGUUUGAGGAAGAAGCUGAAGGAUUCGAUGGAUAGUUUCAACCGCUUGAGGGAGCUGAUCUCGUCUGAGUAUAGGGAUACUGUGCAGAGGAGGUACUUCACUGUCACCGGAGAGAAUCCGGAUGAGAGGACUUUGGAUCGGUUGAUCUCUACAGGAGAAAGUGAGAGAUUCUUGCAGAAAGCAAUACAAGAACAAGGAAGAGGACGUGUCUUAGACACCAUCAACGAGAUCCAAGAGAGGCAUGACGCUGUUAAAGACAUUGAGAAAAAUCUCAGGGAGCUUCACCAAGUGUUUCUCGACAUGGCGGUGCUGGUCGAGCACCAGGGAGCUCAGCUCGACGACAUCGAGAGCCACGUGGGCAGAGCUAGCUCCUUUAUCCGAGGUGGAACUGAGCAGCUGCAGACCGCUCGGGUUUACCAGAAGAACACCCGUAAAUGGACAUGUAUCGCUAUUCUCAUUCUCAUCAUUAUCAUAGUUGUUGUGGUUCUUGCUGUCGUUAAACCAUGGAACAACGGAGGUGGUGGCGGCGGUGGUGGUGGAGGUCAGCCAACUUCAGGUCAAGGGUCACCACCAAAUCCUCCUCAGGCAAGGCGUCUUCUAUUGCGUUGAAGUGAGUUUCGUAAUUUGCAAAUCUAUUCUUUCUUUGAAACCUUUUUAAUCAAACCAGUAGAAUAUUUCCUUUGUAUCUAUCUAUGAUGCUAUGUUGCUAUUAUUUGGUGCACUUUAUAUGAUUUUGUGUUUUUCUU